AUGGAUAGUAAUUUACUCUCAGAGCUUACACGCCAACGUCGCCUGUCUCCGGACAACUCGCGCGCUCAGCAGGACGGCUCCCCGACCCCGCCGGGCAAUGGACCUCCCCGUCGGAGAGCUCCGCCUCAAUUUCACCCAGGGAUGACAGAGGAAGAGACUGUCCAGUACAUCAGGGCCUACAAGGCUUGGUUCGAGGAGGACCGCCAAAUCCCUCCUGAACCAGCGCUCCCCAUCGACCCGAGCUCCCUGAUUUCUGAGCAAGUUGACCGUCGUGCAGCGCUUGAGGAGGCCGCUCGUCGCGACAGAGCAGCCUCCGGCAUUCCGAUCUUUACCACCAUCGUCGGCUUUUCGAAGCAUUCGAGUGCGACCCCCAUUGAACGCUUGGAGCCUGUGACCUUCGCCGGGAUGCUCGUGCGUCGCGCACAUGUUGGAAAAUAUCUCCUUUGCCGCAUCGUCGCUCCAUCCCGCAUCGUAGCAAUCCAGACGGUGGUCGAGGACAUCGAUGGCCGAGUACACGACCUAUCCAUCUACAAUUUCCCCGCUACUUUCGACUGUUCUCUGGAACACCUCGAUGCGUUGUUCCCCAUUGGGACUGUCCUUGCUAUUCGCGAGCCCACCUUCAAGGCACCCAUGCAAGGCGACCGUCCGAUCGUCAGGGUUGAUACUCCCUCCGACCUCACGUUCGUCGUCCCCAGCAGUCCUCUCCUCCGCCGCGUGACCUGGACGACCGGCCCUGCGGUCCCCAAGUCGCCCACCGAGCCCGCGACUCUCGACGCAUGGCGACAACGUGGAAACGCCUACUUCAAUUCGAACCAAUGGUUCCUUGCUGCAUGGGCAUACUCGCGGGGCCUUGUUAUGGACCCCCAGGCAGCCGUCGUCCGCUCGAACAGGGCAGAGGUCUACAUCCGUUUGGAGUACUACUCAGGUGCAGCUUAUGACACACUGCGUGUCCUCUCGGCUACAGGUCUCCCGGACGCGCUUUCGGACAAAACCAUCUUCCGUCUAGCGAAGGCACAAUACGGCAGAGGAGAAUAUGCCGAGGCAGAAGAAAACGUCGCCAGGUGGCAUGCGCGCCAUCCAGAAGAUUCUGCCGCAGCGCCCUGGAUUGCCAGAUGCCGGGCGAGGCGUGCGGAGCGCCAAACCGGUCAGUACGACUGGGCCUCGCUGUUCCGCAAGGCAGCGAAAGAUAUCCGACUCGAUGUUGCCGAUUACAUGGGACCAAUGGAGAUAUCUCAGAUGACAAAUCGCGGCGGUGGUCGAGGAGUCGUCGCCAAAAGGGCCAUCCAUACAGGUGAACUACUCCUUGUAGCCAAGCCCUUCGCAUCCGCAUACGCCGCUGAUCUCCCCCAGGACAAGAUCGUCAUAACCCUCGACCUCAUCUCCAAUAUCUCCAAGGAGAGGACCGACGCCGUGCUCAUGGCCGCCAUCAUUGAGAAACUAUACGGGAACCCCGACCUGCGUGACCAGGUGUAUCAUCUGUACGCGGGUCCGGACCACCCCUCUCCCCCUGGCUCUUAUCCCCCACCUCUUGGCCCCGCAGUCGCAGUAGAUCCCUUCUCGCCCUCCAUCGACAUAGACAUAGCGCAACUCGAAGCGAUAUGCACCUACAACAACUUCUGUCCUCUCCGCCUCGAAGAUAAACAGAUGGCUCAAGAGGCGAAGCCUACCGGCCUCUACCCUCUCGCAUCGCUCUUUAACCACUCCUGCGUCGCGAACGCGAUUUGGUACUGCAUCGGUGAUGUCAUGAUCAUCCGCGCUGCGGAACCCGUCCCAGCGGGUACAGAGAUCACGAUCCCAUACAGCGUCGAGGAGUCGUACUUCGCCCGUCAGUCCGUCCUCAAGAAGCACAUGCUCGAACAUUGCACGUGCUGGCUGUGCGAGGAGGAUCGGAAGGACGGCGACGAGCAACUCCGGCGUCGCCAAGAGCUCAACGAACGAGUUCUCUCUCGUCGGCUGCUCCCGGCAUCCCUGCUAGAAGCUCAGCAAUUUGAGGAGGACGUGCGAAAGACAUUCGCGCCCACGCGGGGUCCCAUCCGACCCAUGCACGCCCUCGCGCUCCACAUCGUCGCGGAGAAACAGCGGACGUCUGGUGAUCCUCGCUUGCUGAAGGAAUCGUUGCAGGCGGACAUGGAAGCUCUGCGGUGCCUUGGAUUCGACGUUGCGGAGGAGAGUAGCAGGGGCCAGAACGAAUUGCCCGUUGGAAGCGAUCGUAUCCCGACGGUGACAAGUUUUCUUGAGCCUUCUGGGAUGAUGCUUCGGAUGGCGUGCACGUACCUGAACUUGCAUGAUCAUGCAAAGGCGGUCCCGUGGUUGAGGGCGGCGUUAUGGCUGACGGAUACCUCAGUCGGAGGUGGAAAGGAUUUGUUCAUGCUUGUUCACGAAGAUGCGUUGAAACAACUGGGCAUUCACGAGUUUGCAGCGCAGGUUCUCUGAGUCGCAACGUCAUCUCGUCCCCGUCUUACAAAGUCGAAACAUGUAUCCCUG